GAGUCAGUCUCCGAAGUGAUACGGGUCUGCUAGGCUGUGAAAAAGCAUCCCAGUAGUCGCCAAAAUUCGCAGUCUAGUUCCGCCACUAAACGGUUUAAAUAGCGCCUGAUCUUCUGACCUUUUCGUCAGCAGCAGUCCCCUCUCUGAUCUGAUCUCGCGGGUGUUUCUGUUUGUUUGUGUUGAUCCAAUAGAACUGCGCAGCGGCUGAGAUAUGUCAUUAUCCAAUUUAAAAUCAAGCGCCAUGUAUGAUGAGCCCAUUAAUCUGUGGAAAACCAAGCAGCGCGUUCACUACCACGAUGAUGUUGUGGCCAAGAAAAAGAACCGCCAGAUACCCACCGAUGUCUGUGAAUACAUAUCUAUAAGUGCGCCCAAGAAAUCGGAUUCCUUUUCACGUCUACCGCCCAAUUCGUUGCCGUCUUCGGUGCCGGGCACACCGCCGCACUCUGUAGGCACCACCUCGAACCAAGUUAUCCGCUACGCCCGCACCUCCUGCGACCAUUGUGGUCAUCACAGCAUACCCGUCAUGUCUCCCCAUCCGAUCUCGCCGCUGGCGAAGUCCCAGACGAAUCUGGACGUGGUCGAGCACUCCAGUCAACGGCAUGCCCUACUGCCAAUGCCCACCAUUGGCUUCCACCGCGAUGACUCGGCCUGUACCCUACAAGUGUCGCGAAGACCAUCGCUGCUGCUCCAAGAGAUCCUCACGCAGCGACCACCUAUGUUUGGACGUAAAGAUGGCAAUGGAUUCCUCUCACCGCGUGCCGCCAAAGGUAAUCUGCAAAGCACUGCCAGUGGAAGUACAGCGACAAUUAAUCUGCAGAGCGGCACUGCGAGCGCCAGGAAUGGAUCUACAGCGUUCUUUGACAAUGGAGCAAAAAGCUAUCAGGCCAAGCAACAAAAGGAAAAGAAUCGCCGCACGGGAAACGAUGCCAUAAGUUCAGCUCUGUCGGCCACUUACUGCAAACUACUGGUUCUGCUGGGAGUGUGCCUGCCCAUCACGGAAGUUAUUUCGGAACAGAUACCAACCUAUGUGUAUCAGGGCUUCUACGUCUAUCUGUACGUGGGCAGCAUACUCUUUGUCAUCUUCCUGUACAUCAGCGCCUUUCGAAAUCGAUCACUCUUCAAUGCUCUCAAAGACUUUCAUGAGAAGAACAGCAAUGUACACCUCAAACACAAAGUCACUCACUUUGGGAGCUUUUACCUACGAGUCGGAGCCAUUGCUUUCGCCAUAGGCACAAUGGUCUACUCUGGCCUGGAGUUCGGUCAGUUCUUCGAACUAAACGGUCAUCCAGGCUGCCGUGACGUGUUUGUGGCCAUCACACCCAUCUGUCGCAUGGUUCUGUGCAUUGCUCAGGUGCAGUUCAUCUUCCUGAACACAACCUACAUGGAUAUGGCUCGCCACAAAGUGACCUCCCGGUUCGGACUUAUGCACAUGGUGGCCACAAAUCUCUGCGAGUGGCUGUACGUCCUGGUUGAGGAAACCAAGCACGAGAUCUUUCAUAUUAGCCACCACGAUGUGGACCCAGACAAUGACCCCAUAAUGCACAAUGGGACCCAUGGCUUACCCAAUUGGUCGGCGAUGAAUGAAUCUCUGAAUCACCACAAAGCGCAUUUGACUGUCAAGGAUCCGCUCAACCAUACUAUUUUGGCCAAUGUGAGCUCCAUAAUAGCCAACGUCACAGCGACUCCAUCGUCAACACCUGCGUCCUUCACUGGCUGCUCUCGCACCACAAUCAUGGGGGCAUUGGUGCAACAGCUGUCACCGUUUUUGUUUCCCUGCACCAUCGAGUACUCAUUGAUCUGCGCUGUGAUCCUCUACGAGAUGUGGAAGACUGUCAAAUCCAUACCGGACAUCGACAAGACGCGCAAGAACUCAGUCAAGCCUGUGGCCCAGAAACCGGCCCAUCACUUCUCCGUCGAUUGCUCGCAGUCGCACAAGGGUCUCUUCUUCGGCAUACUGAUCAUAGUGAUGACAAUUAUCUCCAUGAUCAUGUACUUUGUGCUGUACACCCAGCCUGGCUAUGAACUGGUUGCCACACAGGAGGUUACUCUCUGGGAGACUUUUAUGUACUUCAUGUGCGCUGCGGCUGUGAUUACGGGCAUGUUCCUCAUGCGCGAUCUGAGAUAUAUUAAGGAUACCAGCGACGAGCACCACUCCAUGGACCUGGACAAUCUGCUCCUAAUCGUGGCCCAAACAGGUGUUUACCUGUACGGAUUGUUCAGCAUAUUGGGCAGCUAUUUUGCCAAAUGGGAUACGGUACCCGAUCGCGUUGAGGGCAUCAUCGCAGAGGUGUUCGGGGUGGUCCAGACCUCCCUGCAGACGAUGUUCAUCCUCCAUGCCAGCCAUCGACGGUGCAAGGGCGCCAAGCAGGUGCGCCGAAAGCCAGGGCGGGAGAUCAUUACGUUUCUGCUGGUGGCCAAUAUUGCCAUCUGGUUCGUAAAUACCCUCAUCAAGGGGCGUGCCGUGUUCCGAGAGUCCCAUCUGGAGUUCUUUGGCGUCUGGGGCUGGACGAUCAUUACGCAUAUAUCCAUGCCGCUGGCUAUAUUCUAUCGCUUCCACUCAACGAUCUGCCUCUUCGAGGUUUGGAAAAUCACCUACAAAGCCAAGGCUCAUUAGUUUUGUAUUAAACCCGUUGAUCGGCUUCCAUUAGCUUUCUCUUUUUAGUUAAUUUAAAACUUUAGGUGUUUAUUCCUUAAUUUAUGAGUAAGUGCGAAUUACUGGAUCAUUUUUCAUUGUUAGCACAAAUAAAGAUUUAAUUUAUUCAGCGAUAUA